UUCACUUCAAUUCCAAAAAUAAUUUUACGGCUAUGCAGAAAAAAACACUGACAACAAAUUUGGUAUUACCAGUAUCGUGUCAGCAAGUAAGAAGGAAUAAAAAAAUUGAUGAUUUUAUUAUAAAACAUGAAAAUUUAUGUAUCCGGUCAGCAAAGAUGGCAGACGUACCGAUCGAUUGUGAUUUUCCCGUCUGGGGUUUAUUGCCAAAAAAGGAGACGGGAGUAGUUUCUUUCAUAAACAAAUAUCCUAAUUACGAUGGGAAAGACACAGUUAUUGCAAUUUUUGACUCUGGUGUCGAUCCUGCAGCGUCGGGUCUUACGAUUACGAGUACAGGAAAAACAAAGGUGAUAGAGAGGUUUGAUUGUACUGGUUGUGGCGAUGUAGACACAAGUACCGUGAUACGGAAGGUGGUUGAUGGAUGUAUCACCGGUAUAACCGGUCGAAAGUUAAAGGUACAAGAAUCAUGGAAAAAUCCAACUGGAGAAUGGAGGGUUGGAGUUCUCUACCCGUUCAGUUUGUAUCCUACAAAGGUAAAAGAAAGAAUUCAAGAACAUAGAAAAGAACAUCUUUGGGAUGUGGGUCAUAAAACAGCUUUUGCUGAAGCAAACAAAAAGUUACAAGAGUUUGAGAGUGAAGUUGUGUCAAAGAAUUCUACACUAAGUGCAGAAGACAAGCUUAUGAAAGAAGAAUUAGAGGCAAAAAUAGAAGUACUUCAAAGUGCUGACAAAAAGUAUAAUGACUUGGGACCAACUUAUGAUUGUGUACUGUUCCAUGAUGGAAAUGUCUGGAGAGCCUGUAUAGAUACAUCAGAAUGUGGUGAUCUAUCAUCAGGGCCCCUGUUGGGAGAGUACAGUCGAACCCAUGAGCACACACACCUGACUCCCUUAGAUGAGAUGACAGUUACUAUCAAUGUUCAUGAUGAAGGAAACACUCUAGAAGUUGUGGGCAUGUGCUCUACUCAUGGAACGCAUGUAGCAGCAAUUGCUUCUGGGUACUUUCCUGAAGAACCUGAUAGAAAUGGAGUUGCACCUGGAGCUCAAAUUGUCUCACUUACAAUAGGAGAUAGUCGACUUGGUUCAAUGGAGACGGGAACUGCAUUAGUCAGAGCUUGUAUUAAAGUAAUGGAGCUAUGUAAAACAACUCAGAUAGAUGUCAUUAAUAUGAGUUAUGGAGAACACGCACAUUGGUCUAAUGCUGGCCGCAUUGGUGAUAUUAUAAGCUCAGUUGUUAAUCGUUAUGGUGUAUCAUGGGUGGUGUCUGGAGGCAAUCAUGGACCAGCGCUGGCGACAGUCGGUGCUCCACCAGACAUUGCUCACCCUGUUCUUAUUGGUGUGGGCGCGUACGUCUCACCGGAAAUGAUGAGCGCUGCGUACUCUAUGCGUGCACGGGUCCCUCACGGCGCCUUCAGUUGGAGUUCCCGAGGUCCCUGCCCAGAUGGCGCUGCCGGUCUGGCGAUUUGCGCUCCAGGCGGCGCUGUCGCUUCUGUUGCGAGGUUCACUCUUCGCAAUUCGCAACUAAUGAAUGGAACGUCGAUGGCCGCACCUCACGUCGCCGGAGCUGUCGCUGUAUUAAUGUCCGGACUGAAGGCUAAAGGGUUACCUUACUCACCAUACUCUGUGAAGCGUGCUCUUGAAAAUUCAGCCACAUAUCUGAACCAUGUGGAACCAUGGGCUCAAGGCUGUGGAUUGCUCAAUGUUGAAAAGGCGUUCGAGAUCCUAUCUGAAUAUCACGAACAGCCGGAGCGUGACGUCACGUUCAAUAUAUCCUGCGGUGCCAAUACCAAGGGAAUUUUCCUAAGGCCGCGUCCCGAUGAACCGCCGAGGGACGUCGCUAUCACCAUAGAACCACAUUUCUUGCAUAGGGACUCUGAGACCAAGGAAGCAGUGAUUCGCAGGCAGAUUCAGUUCGGUGUGCGAUUGGCGUUAACAAGUUGCGCCGAUUGGAUCUCUGCGCCUACGCAUUUAGAUCUCAUGAAUGCGCCGAGACUGCUAUCGGUGCGUGUGAAUACAGCCCAUUUGCAGCCAGGGCCGCAUUUCGCAAGUAUAAACGCAUACGACGUAUCCUGUAUAGAGAAGGGUCCAGUGUUUCGUAUCCCAGUGACAGUUCUGCAGCCGCAGCCGUUGCCACCGUGCGCUGCAGCUCCGCAAUUAACGCACAACAAUGUGGUGUUCAAACCCGCGACUAUACGCCGACAUCUUGUUAUACCUCCUUUAGAAGCGACUUGGGGGGUGCUUAAAAUGUCUCUAGCGGGUGGCAACGGCGAAGUCAGCGGUCGUUUCCUCGUACAUUGUAUGCAACUAGCGCCACAACGGAGUUGUAGAACGCACGAAACGCACAAAAUGCUGGCCAUCACUAGCGAAGCACCUACCUUAUUGCCAUUUCAAGUUAUUGGUGGCGUAACUCUAGAAGUAGUAAUAGCGAAGUAUUGGGCGAAUCUGGGUGACUUAUGUAUGGACUAUACAUUGGAGUUCCACGGCCUUAAACCAGACUUUGGACCCCAGUUGACAUUAAGUGCGCACGCGUUAGGUAAUGUUGCGCUCGCUGCGUUACGUGCACAGGACGUACAACCCGCCGCCCAACUUAAACACUCGGAGCCCCUAUACAGGCCAACAGAUUCCAAAAUAAGUCCACUGACUGCCAGAGAUGUGAUUCCACCAUCGAGACAGAUCUACCAGAUGAUUAACACAUACACCUUCCACAUCGCAAAAGCCACUGAGGUGGCGCCAAUUGUAUCUCUACUAUGUGAUAUGCUCUAUGAAUCCGAGUUCGAGUCACAAAUGUGGAUGCUCUACAAUUCUUCAAAGCAGUUGAUGGCCGUCGGCGAUGCAUAUCCCUCCAAGUAUUCAGUGAAGCUAGAAAAAGGUGAAUACACAGUUCGACUAAGCGUACGACACGAGAACAAAUCUCUUUUGGAACGUCUACAGGAUGUUCCACUUGUUGUGCAGCAGAGAUUAGCCCAGCCCAUCACCCUAGACGCCUAUUGCUCCCAGUCUAAUGCCCUAACGGGUGGUAAAAAGUUCACGACGGCUUCGUUAUCGAGUGGUAAUUUGAUGCCACUCUACUUCACUCCUGUUCCUGCCGAUAAAAUAAGUCGUUCUAACCUAACCGUCGGUCAAACUUUAACGGGCACAGUUACAUUCGCUAAGGACGAACUCGGUCGUCGCGUUGACGUAUACCAAGUGCAGUACGUACUCUGUGAGGCGCCUCGUCGUAGGGACAACCGCGAUAAGGAAAAGGACAAGACGAAGACACACGAGGACUACUUGGAUGCUGUGAAAGAACUGUCUACCACUUGGCUGCCUAAACUUGAAGGCGACAAACUGGAACAAGUGUAUGAGGAGUUGGUAGAGAAGUUCCCCGGAUAUCUCGGCGCACACGUCGCUUAUCUUCAGGCCAUAGAUCCGCCCACAGAUUGCAAUAAGUUGCCAAGUUUGGGAGUACCAGAAGUGACGACAGCGUGGUGUGAGCAGUUGGUUAAUGUGGCUGAUAAAGUGGUUCGUGGGGUCGACCAGGACCAGUUAUUGGCUUAUUUGGGAAUAAGGAACGAUUCAAGAGCGGAAGCUGCUAAAAUUAAGCAGGAACAUGAGAAGCAGCGCGGAUACCUAAUAGAAGCCUUAUGCCGUAAGGGCACAGCGCUGUGUCGUCUUCACGCCUUAGCAUCCAGUGCCGCGGCCAGAGAUAAAAUCGCAGAUACGCUCAAGGACAAUAUGAAUGAGUUGCUCAAGUUCACAGAUAUCACUGAUGCAAAGGUGAUUCACUACGGCGUCUGGCACUGCUUUACCCUCAAACACUGGGGCCGAGCUAUCAAACUACUAAACAAAAUGCUGGAAGAGAAACCCUCCCGCGAUGUUGAAGAGCGUCUGGUGGCUGCGCAGACGCAACUUGGCUGGUCCCAUCUCGCGGAAUACACGCGGCGUGCGAUUCCCACCAAGUAUCCCACCACCUUUAGGCCUUUCUAAUUCUCAUUUCUGUUACCUCUAGACAAGUGACGAAUCGUCAACGGAUAUUAUUAAUUGCGUUUUUUUUUUUAUAUAUUUUUCUAUAUGGUUGUUGCUAAA